AUGGAGGCCAAGCAGGUAAUCGACAAUGUUCAAGGUAUAUAUGGCGGCCACGCCGUCACCGGUACCUUGCGACUCACCGAUUACCACAUGGUUUUCUGCGCCCCCAUACAGCCGCAGCAGUCGCCCCAAGGCUCUGGUUCAGAUUCUUCCCUCUCUCCCAGGAUGAGAGAGCGAUGGCUGACCUACCCGAUCCUGUCAUACUGCGCUCUUCGACCGACCCCCCCUGCCUCUCGACAGUCACCAUCCAUCCGCAUCCGAUGUCGCGAUUUCACCUUUGUCACGUUCAACUUCGCAGACAACGAUGUUGCCCGGACGGCGUUUGAGUUUAUCAAAUUUCGAACCUGCAGACUGGGAACCGUCGAGAAACUCUACGCUUUCAGCCAUAAACCGCUGCGGAAUGAAAAGGAAAUGAACGGAUGGGAGUUUUACGAUCCAAAAGCAGAGUUUCGCAGGCAAGGAAUCAGCGAAAAGCUGCCUGACAAGGGCUGGAGAAUCACCCACAUCAAUCACGAUUACUCCUUCUGCGAUAGCUACCCUGGUGUUUUGGUCGUUCCGUCCAAGAUCUCGGAUAACGUCCUCAAGUACGCUCGGGAAUUUCGUUCCAGAAACCGAAUCCCCGUCUUGUCCUAUCUUCAUCCGGUCAACAAUUGCACCAUUACCAGGAGUUCGCAACCUCUUGCCGGCAUCACCAGGAAGACAAACGUGCAAGACGAGAGACUUGUUGCUGCCUCCUUUUCUGCUUGGAUGCCGGGCGGCUCGGAGGAGUCUACGCACCCCACCAGCCAGCAGGAGUCUCUGGACGGGGGCUGGCAAGGUUCAAACCUGUCGGAGAUGGAGCGAUUCGAAGAUGAGCCGACAUCUCGAUAUGCGGCCAUUUAUGAUGAAGAGACCGGUGAGACCAGAGUGUAUGGGCGGCAACAAACCAACAUGAUUGUGGACGCUCGUCCGACAAUCAACGCCAUGGUAAAUCAGGUACAAGGCAUGGGAUCCGAGAACAUGGACAAGUACAAGUUUGCCACCAAGUCUUUUCUUAGCAUUGAGAAUAUCCAUGUCAUGCGUAACUCACUGAAUAAAGUGGUUGAAGCGCUCAAAGACGCCGACAUCUCCCCCCUGCCGGCUAAUCGAGAGCUUCUGCAUCAGAGCGGCUGGCUGCGGCACAUCCACGACGUCCUGGACGGGUCGGCAAUCAUUGCUCGCAGGAUAGGCAUCAAGCACUCGCACGUUCUGAUACAUUGCUCGGACGGAUGGGACCGUACGAGCCAGCUGAGCGCCCUGGCGCAGAUCAUGCUGGACCCUUACUUCAGGACCAUGGACGGUUUCAUCGUCCUGGUGGAGAAGGACUGGCUAUCGUUUGGCCACAUGUUUAGGCUGCGCUCCGGGCACCUGAACCACGAGGACUGGUUCUCCGUACAGAGGGACGCCUUGGCCGGGUCCAAGGUCCAGCCGGGAGAAACCGAUGGCCGCAACGAUGCCCUGCAAAACGUUCUUUCCGGUGCCAGGCGCUUCUUCAACCCGAGCAAGGAAGAGGCCGACUUGGCGACAGUCAGUGAGGUUGCUUCCGGAAAAGUCGUCGACGACGAGGCCACGACGCCCAAGAUGGUGAGCCCAGUCUUCCACCAGUUCCUCGACUGCGUGUAUCAGCUGCUGCGACAGCACCCUGCGCGCUUCGAAUACAACGAGCGGUUUUUGCGUCGUCUGCUCUACCAUCUUUACUCUUGCCAAUACGGAACGUUUCUUUACAACUCCGAAAAGCAGAGAAAGGAAGCCAGAGUCGGUGAGAGAACCUCAUCGGUCUGGGACUAUUUCCUCUGCCGAAGACAAGAGUUCAGAAAUCCAGACUUUGACCCGGCCGUAAACGACCGGGUCAUCGGCAAGGAGAGGAUCCUGCUGCCAAACUUGAAGGAUAUCCGAUGGUGGCAUCAAGUUUUUGGCCGUACCGACGAUGAGAUGAACGGGGCUUUGGAUGCCGCCGCCGCCGCCGAAAGCGGACGGCACGCGGCAGUUUCAAGUCUGAAGGAGUCCCCCGGGCCCCGGUCCGUCUUGCGCUCUGCUUCAGGGACAACGCCGCCGCCGGGCUUGAUCAACAGCCAUUCCGUGCUGACGGCAGGAGAAACAGCGCACCAAACCCUGACGCCCGAGACAAGGCAAGCCUCCCUACGCCACAGCGCCUCCGCCGACAGCGCGAGCGCGUUUGCCGCCAUCAGGGAUGGUCUGCAGGGUCUCGGCAUAGGCAAAGCGAUGCGUGACCCCGCUGGUCGCGCUGACGGGUCAGCGUCUGCGAUGCCGCCGUCACAUCAGGAGGAAGACAUGCGCGAGAUGACAUAG